AUGUCUCACCAAAAUCCUGGACCAAAUCAUGUAUUCGAAUCGGAACCAUUACAUUUAUCUCAGCCUUCUCAAACCUAUCAUAAUCAACAUCAAUGGGUUAUUAUUGAUGAAUCAUCCUCGAUUGCUUCUCCAAAUCAACGAAGCAAUAGACCUUCACCUCCAGUACCAGUCAUUAAGGUACCUUUUCCACCCAUAGUUAAUCCCGAAGAAUUAAUUACGAGACCAAGGAAGGUAAAGUCCAAGAUCCCCACAAAGCCACCGAAUGCGUUCAUGAUUUACAGAAUGCAAUAUGUUAAAGAGCUUCAUGCUAGGGAUCAUCGUUUGCCCAUGAGAAGUGUUUCUUCUGCCGUGGCUAGUUCCUGGAGGGAAGAACCCGAGCAUGUCGUUGAGCAUUAUGAAGAAAUCGCAAGAGAAGCAAGUAGGAUUUAUAACCAAAAAUUCCCGAAGCCACCUACUCCUCAAAAGGGACCUGUUGCACGCCAUUCUCGAAGAAGAACAAUAAAUAUGCAAAGUGGCAUACCUAUUACACAUAUUGAUGACUCACCAAGGCCACAUUUUCAUUCUCUUCAUAGAUUUUAUCCUAGUGAUCAUCAUAGUCAUCGAUCUUCCUUAAGCACUAUUGUUCAUGGCCAUCACAAUUAUCAUAUGCAUUCUUCAAACCCACAAAAUCAAGCCAUUCCCUCAAUGAUGGAAUCCCAUUAUUCAUCUAACCUUCUUGGUAGACCAUCAAUGCGUCCUCUUAGAUCAUUAUCUACACCGUAUUCAACCACUACAAAUCAUUCGUCAACGACAUCCCCUUUUCACAUGCCUUCACUGCCUCAUGUUCAUUCUUUCCAUUAUAUGGACGAUACCGCAAAUAACACUUCUGAAUGGGACUUUGCAGCCUCGGCACAUGCUUAA